AUGCAAGAGGUGCUUGAUACAAUGAACGACUGGGCACUCAGAAACAAGAUGAAACUUAACGCGAAAAAGACGAAAGACAUGUGGAUCUGCUUUAAAGCUGCAAUUCCGGAACCACCAUCACUUAAGAUUGGCGAUGAUACGAUUGAAAGAGUAAACACGUUCAAGCUGUUAGGUCUUUGGAUUAAUGAUACCCUUAAAUGGAACACCCAUAUUGAAGAAAUUACAAAGAAAGCAAACAAACGCUUAUUCUACCUACGGGAAUGUCGUCGAGCAAAUCUACGAACCAAA